AUGCUGCAGCCGCCCCCAGGCCAAGCCCGGAGCCCCCCGCUGCGCCUCCUGCCCCUCGGCCGGCCGUGAAAUGCUCCAGGAGAAAAGCCUGUCUGAAACCGAGGAAGGGUUUCCAACAGCCCCCGCGCCCGGCCAUGCGGACACCUCCGCCGGCUCCCCCGUCCUCGGCGUAGCCGGGGGGAGCAGCACGCCGCUGAGCAGCCCGCAGCUCCCCGACCCCGAGCAGACAAUAGAAAAUAUCAAAGUCUAUCUCCAUGAGAAGGAGCUAUGGAAGAAAUUUCAUGAAGCUGGCACGGAAAUGAUAAUAACCAAAGCAGGCAGGAGGAUGUUUCCCAGCUACAAGGUCAAAGUGACUGGAAUGAACCCCAAGACCAAGUACAUUUUGUUGAUCGACAUCGUCCCGGCCGACGACCACCGGUACAAAUUCUGUGACAACAAAUGGAUGGUGGCCGGGAAGGCCGAGCCGGCCAUGCCGGGCCGGCUGUACGUGCACCCCGACUCCCCGGCCACGGGAGCACACUGGAUGAGGCAGCUGGUGUCCUUCCAGAAGCUCAAACUCACCAACAACCACCUGGAUCCCUUUGGACACAUCAUCCUCAAUUCAAUGCACAAAUACCAGCCCCGGCUGCACAUUGUGAAGGCGGACGAGAACAACGCGUUCGGCUCCAAGAACACGGCUUUCUGCACCCACAUCUUCCCAGAGACCUCCUUCAUCUCUGUCACCUCCUACCAGAACCACAAGAUAACCCAGCUGAAAAUCGAAAACAACCCCUUUGCCAAGGGCUUCCGGGGCAGCGACGACAGCGACCUGCGCGUGGCACGGCUCCAGAGCAAAGAAUACCCAGUAAUUUCCAAGAGCAUCAUGAGGCAGAGGUUGGUGUCCAGCCAUGGCCAGCUGUCAGCAAAGCCAGAUGUGAACCCCCUCCAUGGGAAUCACCAGAGCCUUCAGCAUUAUCAGUAUGAGAAUGGUGCUCACAUGCAGUUUGCAGCUUCGGAUACUCAAGAUCUGCCACUCAACACCUUCACAGCACAGAGAGAUUCAGGGCUCUUCUACCAUUGUCUAAAGAGAAGAGAAAGCGCUCGGCACCUGGACCUGCCCUGCAAACGCUCCUACCUGGACGCCUCGUCCUCGGUGGGGGACGAUCACUAUUUCCGCUCGCCGCCUCCCUACGAGCAGCAGAUGCUGAGCCCGUCCUACUGCGGCGAGGUGGCCCCGAGGGAGGCCUGCAUGUACUCUGGCUCCAGCGCCGACAUCGCCGCCGUCUCGGCCGUCGACGAUUUGCCUCCGCCGCCGCCCCCUCUGAGCUGCAACAUGUGGACUUCGGUGGCACCUUACACCAGCUACAGCGUGCAGACCAUGGAGACUGUCCCCUACCAGCCCUUCGCCCCUCACUUCCCCGCCGCCCCCAUGAUGCCGCGGCUGCCGGCCAUGGCCGCGCAGGGCUCGCAGCCGCCGGGGAACGGCCCCUUCAGCGUCUACAACCAGCUGGGGCCGGCCCCGGGCCGGGAGCGCGGCCCCGCCGCGGCCUUCCCCAGGGAGAGGGUGCACCCGGCCGUGUGCGAGAGGAAAGCGCCCUCCCCGCACCUGAACGCGGCCAACGAGUUCCUGUACUCACAGAGCUUCUCGCUGGCCAGGGAGUCGUCGCUGCAGUAUCAUUCAGGGAUGGGGACCGUGGAGAACUGGACUGACGGGUGAGCCCCGGGCCCGGCGGGGCCGCGGCGACCUUACUGCUCCGCUGCGGGUCGGUCGGUGUUGAUACCUGUGGGUAACUUGCACUUCGGCGAGACACGUGUGCAUUUCCAGAGGGAUUCGUGUGGGUGAAGAGCGUCUCCUGGCUCGGUGGGCUGGAUUCAUCAGGCUCUUAGUGACUCCCGAAUAAAUUCAUUCUCGUGUCUUCAUCCAGUAGAAACCAUCUUCGUGACCAACGAGUGACGUAGCUAGUCAUGUUCUUUUUGCUUGUAACCUUAAACAUCCGUGAGCAAAUUUCGGCUAUUUCGGGAAAAAAACCAAAACAAAACAAAGCAAAAAAAAACGAGCUUCACUUUUCUGGUCCUUGGCUCACGAAGCCACAAGCUCCCAAAGCUCCAAGGAAAAAGCCGUUCGAUGGGGUGCAUGGCUCCAGGACUGCCGUGGCAGCGCUCCUUGUCCUCGGUUCCUGCGGGAGUGAGGGCGCGGCGGCAGCUCCGGGGCAGCGCGGGGCCCGGGCCGCGGGCACGGAGGAGAAGGCACCGAUGUCUCUUCUUGCCCCGCACCGGCAUCGGCCGCGGCUGUGGGAAGCCAAGAAGCGAAGAGUAAAGCCCGAGGCCAAACAGCAAAUUAAUUGCAGCGUUAGGAACAGACCCAAGUGUCUUCAGACUCCUCAUCCCUCGAUUGAAUCACGUUUGCUUAUUGCAAUAUAUUUAUGAAGUUUAAGCUUAAAAGUCGCUAAUACUUUCCAGAACCGAUUUCUGUAUUUGCUGGUCCUUGAUUUCUUUCGUAUU